GUUCCAGGAGAACAUACGUAAUGGAACCGUAAACGGGAUGUCCGACCGACUGCAAACUGGAAAUGGUAGAGGAACGCCGAGGAACCAAACAAACCAGCCAAGUCGUGCAUGUAUUACGGCUCGAUCCUCCGGUUGCAUUUCAAGGUCAAACACUGGAACACGCCCGUCUGUCGCUGACCGUAAAAGUCCGUCGAGUUCCGGCUAAAGCUACCGUCAAGGCAAACGCCGACUAUCGUGAACUGAACGUUGUUGAACGGCUAGUUGUGCACCACAUCCAGGUGAACCGUGCUUUGAGACUGCAUCGCCGCACGAAACGUGUCCACGGCCGCGUCAACCUGUAGAUGUCGUCGUCGUGUCACAUCGAACAUUCACGCACCGAGAAUAAGAACGCCAUGCUCAAGACAGCGAAAAGCGAACCGGCAAAGAAGAAGCUGUCCAUAUUGAAAGGGUAAACAAAGUAAAGUAAGCAUUUCAAAGAGCACAAAACCUGACACAACUUUUGUAAACAAGAUUUUAUCCCUCUUAUAAACUGUC